CAGCCUUCCAGAUCUGACAGCUGACUUUGGUCCCUUGCCAAGUCGCCUCAGGUAUCCAUCACGUCAAGCAUCCCACUCAGAGACAAGUUCUCGAGCACGCAAUCUGCUCCAAGGAUUCGAAUGUCACACUUGAAGAUCUCUUACCUUUCAGCAUACCGUUCACUUUGCAUUUAUCUUCUCUGCUUUAUUCCAUUUCUCGUACUCUCCCUCUUCAUUACUAUGUUUCCUUAGCUUCCACGCGCCCUCUCUAAACUUCGUACCCUGCCUUGUCACCAUCAUGGCCUCCCCCCAUUCAGACCCGGAAGACGCCCACGUGAUCAACCAUGCACGAGACAAGGACCUCGAAGACUCUCCCUCCGAGCCAGCAUAUGCAAUCAAUGACCAUCGUCCCAUCAUCGCUGACAAACUCGCCCGAAAACUCACAGCACGGCAAGUGCAAAUGAUUGCCAUCGGCGGUACAAUCGGUACAGGCCUCUUCUUGGGCACGGGAAAGUCCCUCGCAACAGGUGGGCCAGCCUCGAUGCUAAUCGCCUACCUCAUCGUCGGUGGCAUCGUGAUGUUAACUAUGCUCGCCCUUGGAGAAAUGGCUGCUUUCGUCCCCAUUGCCGGCUCUUUCUGCACGUUUGUGGGCAGAUAUGUGGAUGAUAGUUUGGGUUUUGCUUUGACGUGGAAUUAUUGGUUCAAUGAUGCGGUCUCAACGGCUGCGGAUUUGGUUGCACUACAGCUGGUGUUUGCGUAUUGGGAUACGAAUUUGCCUGGCUGGGGCCUAAGUUUGAUUUUUUGGGUGCUGUUGAUUUUGGCGAAUAUUAUUACUGUGAAGGCUUAUGGCGAACUCGAAUAUUGGUUGAGCCUCCUCAAAGUCAUUACUAUCACGAUCUUCAUCAUUCUGGGUAUCGCUGUGAACUGCGGGGGCAACACCCAACAUAAGUACCUCGGAGCCCAUAACUGGUACAUAGGAGAUGCCCCUUUUGUCGGAGGCAUUGGCGGAUUUGCCUCAGUUUUCGUAACAGCAUCCUUCGCAUACGGCGGCACAGAAUCCAUAGCCAUCACAGCCGGCGAAACAAAGAACCCCACCAAAAACCUCCCCCGCGUAGUAAAGAAUGUAUUCUGGCGCAUCCUCCUCUUCUACAUCCUCUCUGUCCUCCUUAUCGGCCUCAACGUCCCCUACAACACCCCCGGCCUCUCUUCCAAGAAAUCCUCCACCUCGCCAUUCACCCUCGUAUUCCAAAUGGCUGGCGCAAAAGCAGCUGGCUCCUUUAUCAACGCCGUGAUUCUCACUUCUGUUAUUUCGGCUGGGAACCACGCCUUAUUCGCGGGGACACGGCUUCUGUACGCACUUUCCGUCGACAGGCAUGCUCCCAAGGUCUUCGGGAAGCUGAGCAGGAAUCGUGUACCCUGGGUCGCGGUCCUGGCCACUUCUGCUAUUAGUGGAUUGUGUUUUGGCGCUUCUUUCAUCGGUGCCGGCCAGCUGUGGACCUGGCUGCAAAACCUCGUCGGCGUCUCAAACCAACUCGCCUGGACCGCCAUCGGUGUAACCAGCAUCAGAUUCCGCGGUGCUCUCACCGCGCAGAACAGAACGCAUCUCCUCCCCUUCAAAAACUGGACAUAUCCCUGGGGUCCCUGGCUUUCCGUUAUUCUCAACGUGGUGAUUGUUUUAGUGCAGGGAUGGAAUAGCUUUAGUCCGAAGUUUUCAGGCGUGGAUUUUGUUAGUUAUUAUAUUGAGUUGCCGGUUAUGGCGAUUAUGUGGUUGGGCUGGAAGGCGUGGAAGAGGACGAAGGUUCCGACGUAUGAGGGGAUGGAUCUCGAGACUGAUGUUUAUGUUGUUAGUGAGGAGGAUUUGAUCGAGAGCGAGAAGGAGAAGAGUGCUAGGGGAAGGGUGGGGAGGGUUUUGAGUUUACUAAUUGCCUUAUAA